GAAAUAUAUUGUAAAUGCGGAAUACACACAACUACGUAUACACAACGAGAACAGACCAACCUGCCCUACUGGAUAUGGAACGCCAAUGAAUAGAUACCGACUCAAAAGGAGGGCAGGCCGGCCGAUGACCCAGCCAAUGGUGUCUCUCAAAAACAUUACACAUAUCCCGGACCCAAGGGAAAGCGAUUGGAAUGCUUAGACAGUUAGGUUUGUGCCUAUGCCCAUUAACAUAGCGGCAUCGUGAUUGUCAUACUAGAGUACUGAUGUGCGUGUGUUCGAAAAGCCCUGUAAUUCCAUGCGUUUUGUUGUGGCUUCCGUGAACGACUGGGAUUAUAGAAUUAGUGUCUUAGUUUCGAUCCUUGCUGACACUACUCAUCAUCGUGUGUGAUGCAUGCCCCAAGCACGUAUUCAGUGCUUUCAACCCUCGAAAGCCACAACUCUUGAGGAGACAUGCGCAUGUCUCUGCGCUUGUGUGUGGCAAUCACGGUCACCCGGGUUCAGUGGACUCUUCUGAGAUACGACGACUCCGGGCCAGUUAUGAUGGAGCGAACACAUACCCGUGCACAAUGGCGGAGCCAAGUCCAACGGCAUCGGCAUGCAGCGUGGAGAGAGCACGAAAUGCCGGACAGUUACUGGACAUAGCAGGGGACUUA